AUGCCUAUUAGAACCUUCAUAGAGGUGGAGCCUCCAACUCCUCUCAGAUACCUAAUCGGAGCCGCCGUAAUGAUGAUCGGAGUUGUUUUACCGGUUGGUUACAUGAUGUUCCGUAACAAACGCGUUCCUUCCUCUUCCUCCUACACCAAACAGACGAACAAGGUUUUGAUAUAG